CAAAAACUUUUCGCAAAAAGUUUUGGUGGGGUGGUGCAUUGCACGAAAAAAAAUCGGCUCAUUUUUUCAGAAGUUCAACUGCGGACAUGACCAUAUUCAAUUUACAAAAAUUUCCGGACGUUUGCCGGUUAUGUCUCAAGCCAGAGUCGAAAGUGUUUAUGGUAUCGCUAGAUAGUUCGCUUUCGUCAUCGGAAGCUGAUCAACCUUCGAUUGGAAGGUUUAUCCGUGAUCUUACUUAUUCGGUUCCGAAGCACAAGGAUGAAUUGCUUCCAAAAUCCGUGUGCAGUCCUUGCCUGCAAGAAUUGCAACGAUUCUACACCUAUCGAUCUCAACUGGACCUAACGCAGCGUUUCAUGGAAGCGCUGGUUGAUCUUAAACUGGCUGACUCAAAGUCGCUGAUAAAGCUUUUCAACGAUCACAAAGGUGAUUUGAAUGAUCUCUUCCGGGAGCUUUCGCUCAGCAGCAAACAGGAGCCUACAGUUCAGGAUUUGUUGGAAGAAUUUCCCCAGUAUGAUUUUGCAUGCUCGGAAAAUGAUUUAGUCAAACGAAGUCGGCAAGCCGUAGUCGAAAUUAAAGUGGAAGUAGAGAAAGAUUUGAGCGAUCAUGAUGAUGGCCUUUCGGCUUCUGACGACGAAGAUAGGGAUCCGGAUUAUGCUGGUCCCAAUGAAGGAGCUUCCAGUGACGAAGAGUACCAAACAAAAAUCAAAACGGAAGUGGUUAUCUGCGAGUCUUCAAUUGGCAGAGAUGACGCUUCAAGCGAUGAAGGUUCCGACGAGGACGAUGAACCCCUGAGUAGAUUGAGAUACAAAGAAGAUCAAGUCGCCAAAUUGAUUAGUUUGGUUGACGAAAAGAGCAAUACGGGUGGGCUCAGAUGUGAUAGGCUUCUCGAUGAGCCUUGGGCUUGCGACAGGGAGAAUUGUAAAUUCGUAACUAAGUAUAGGGCGGCUAUUGGAAAGCACAAGGCGCACCACGAACGCCGAGAUCAUCGCUCGUAUCCGUGUUUGCAGUGCGAUGAAGUUUUCCCCACGUGGGCCCUAAUGAAGAAGCACAGCUACGAUCACCCGUCCAACAAUGUUACUUGCAAAAUUUGCGGAAGCGUUAUCAAAUACGCCACAGCUCUAAGAGCUCAUAUGCAACGGCAUGAAAAGGCGAAAAAGUUUUCUUGCGAAUACUGCGACUACACUACGAACACCAUUAUGUCGCUCAAGUCGCACAUCAGUGUGCACAACAAAAUCAACUGGAAAUACAAAUGCGAAAUCUGUGGAUCGCCGUUCAGAUCGAGAGCCGCCUUGAAACAGCACAUGAAUACGCACAAUGGGGACCCAAAAUUCCUCUGCAAUGUUUGCGGUAAAAAUUUUACUACGCGAACACAAAUGCGUCGACACAAUGCCGUUGUGCAUGAGGCAAAAAAGAUCAAAUGCGACCAUUGCGAGAAAACGUUCGACAGGAGGCUUACCCUGCGGGACCACAUGGAGCACGUUCAUGGGAUUCAAACCCGCUUCAUUUGCGACAUCUGUCUGCAGCUGUUCUUCAGUCAGGAAGCGCUGGAUUCGCACAAGAUAAGGCACGAUUUCCCGAAGGAGCACGAGUGUCCGGUGUGCUUGCAAGUUUAUCCAACCACCCAGCAGAUGCAGGAACAUCUGUGCAUUAGUUACCGGGACAAUUAUAUCUGCUGCAAUCGAGAUCAUCGGCAUCACAUAAUGUUCAACAAGCACAUGUUCAUGGAGCACGGGGAGGUUACGAACGCUCGGGUCAAACCGAUUCCGGGAGCGCUGCUCGGGACUAUUAGAGCAAAGCGGGCUACGAUCCAACGAUGCAUGGAAUGCAACAUCCUUUUCAAAUCGAGAUCUUUCAAACGGAAACAUUUGGCAAAAGGUUGCGAAAACGACAAAGAAUUGAUUGGAAUGGUUUCGCCCGAAGAAAUUCUACAAACCGUACUACAACCUUCAUCCCAUAACGACGACAACGAUGAUGGUAGCUGCGAUGACGAUUCUCCGAAGGAAGCUGCCGAAGGGGCCGCAAAGGGCAAGGGCAGGAAGGGUCGACCUGGUAAGGACAAAGCUCCGGUGGACUGCCUGUGCAACAUCUGUGGCAAAAAGUUCCGGCUGCUGGUCCAGCUAACGCGCCACAUCGAACGGGUCCAUGACCGAAAACCACCCACCUGCGAAACGUGUGGAGAACGAUUCCGCACCCAGCACAAGCUACGGGUUCACUACGAACGAGCCCAUGGUGUUCAAACUCGUUUCCUGUGCGACAUCUGUUUGUUGCGGCUCUUCAGCCAGGAAGCGUUGGAUGCUCACCGGUAUCGCCACGACAAUCCAAAGGAGCUGGAGUGUGGCCACUGUUUGAACUCGUUCACGACCGCGGAGGCUAUGAGUGGUCACGUUUGCAUCACUUAUAGGGAAAACUACAUCUGCUGUGAGGUUGAUUUUCGGCACCACAAAGGUUACAACAAGCACCAGCUGGAGGUGCACGAGCAGAAAACCAACGUUCGAGUGAAACCGGUUCCGGGUGUGCUUCUGGGAAUAGAAAAGCCGAGAAAGCCCCGUGUGGACCGUUGUCGACCAUGCAAUUUGACAUUCCCAACCCGUUGGUUGAAAAUUAAACAUUCGAGAAUAUGCACUGCAAGCCAGCAGCUGCUAGAAGAUAGCGAUUUGCAAUAGAACGUUUCGGCGAUUGAAAUAACUUUUUUCGGAUGAAAUUUUGGUUGUACUGUACCUAUGAAGGAACUUCAGGACUAGUAUCGCCAACGAGGAGAGGAUAUCGCCGAUGCACUUAGAUCAACAAUAGAUGAUUGACCUGUUGAAAUGUUCUUAGUAACUUGUGAGUCGUGAGGAUAAUGUUAUUCGUCGUUGGUCUUUGGUUUCGUUGGAAUAUUUGAUCCAGCUUGAACAACCUCUCUUUCAGAUUCAGAAAUGGUUUGUAAAAAGUCACAAAAAAAACUCUCAGCGACAUAUAAACAUCAACACAAGUUUAAAUUCUUAUCAGAAACGUGCUUGCGGUUGUCUAGAAUAACCCGGUCUAAACGAUCAAUGAAGAGGAAGAAAAUUCGAACUCUUAGAAGAGUGUAUGAUAAUCAAAA